UGCAUCGGACACAAAUAAAGAUAUACAUGGUAUUAAUAAAACUAUAAACAGUAACACAUGCGGGAAUAUGACUGAAACGUAUGUAACAAAUACUGUAAAAGAAACAAAUGAUUGCACUUUUGGUAGCCAAAAUACAGUACCUAACGAAUUAACAAAUAACAGUGACAAAAAUCAAAAUUUUAAACAAGAUAGUCAAUGUAAUACUGACAUUAACAAAGAAAUGGCAGAAAAUAAUAACACUGAUGAUGUUCAAAAAGAAACAGAUGAACAUUUUGAAGUAGCAAUGGAUGUGGAUGAAUCAGAAAGUGAUGAAAAUGUACAAGAAAGAAUACCGUUUAAAGUUAUUGAAGAAUUGGACCGAGUUAAGACGUUUUUGAACAGGAAAGACAAGAAAUACGAUGGGUAUUCCACCGAUUCUGGAUACAGGAGCGAUUCGCAGCACAGAAAUUCACUGAGAAGUUCGUCUCAGCCGUCAGAAGGUUGGUUGAACCAGUCUGCCUACUGCCUGUUCAACCACAUCAUGCAAGCCGUGCCGACUGACGACAUCGUCAAAGAAAUUUCUCAGGUGUUAGGUAAGCUGAUAGACAAGUUACAUGAAGACGAAAACUACCCUCCGUUUUUAGAAGAAGUACUCGAGACGAUCGACGGCAUGCUUCGCGACAUACACACAGACGGAUGCACAGACAACUCGAUUUUAACCAAAGACGAGAAGGUCCAACGUAUGAUUCUACUCAACAAAUCAAAACACAUAUUAAAAUAUAGCAUAGAAAAAAUAACAGCAAUACUCGAAGAGUUACAUACAAAUUUAAAGCAAGAAAAUCUAUACGAAUGCACAAAUAUAGUCGAAUUAGAAAACAUAUGCUACAUAUUUCAUAUGUUAGAAAAAUUCCUAAAAAGAUAUAAGAAAGUUAAAGAUUCUAACCAAAGUCAAAGUUCACAAGAUAUUUUACCAAAAAGGAGCUCUUUAACUGAUUUGUGGAGGAAAAAAUGGAAUCCAAAUUGUAAGGAAAUAAUAAGAAAUGAGAGUAAAAUUUGCGUUUUGAAAAAGUGCAGUGAGAUAUUGAAUAAAAUUAUUGUAGAAUGCAUGAACGGGUACAGUUUGGUGUCUUAUUCUGCUUUGCAAUGUUUUAAUUUGAUACAAGACUAACCCUUUUAGCGACACUUGCUACCCACUAACCCGGGGUUAACCGGUUGACCUGGAGCACAGAAUAUAUAAUAGUACUAGAUACAGAAGAUUCACUCUAACAACACGCGUCUAGUACGCGCAAGGCGGCGCAAGCGCGUGCAGGCGUCCGUUCCGUAGCGGUGUAAUUAUGGCAAAACCCCAA